ACUGAGAAAUGAGAGACAAGGGGGGGAUGCACCAGAGACAACAUGCUUCUGUGAGGGGAAGAUCGGGGCUGCCCAUAGGAAUCUCCUCCCCCGCUGAUGACGAGAGCGGAAGUGGCUGCCCGAGAGCUGGCGAGUUUCUGCCAGAGGGAAAGUGAGAGCGGACUGAGGAGCCGCAUAUACCAUUGUAACCCGGAGCAGCCUCAAGCACAAGGCAGGGGUGUAAGAUCAGCCUGUUACACGGGAAUAAUACGGAAACGACAAGGAAACGUGUGUCUGUUCCUGCGGGUCCCCCGGGCACAAGAGUCGAGCGGACAGGGUUCCCUGAAGGUUUCGUAGCACUGGGACUGGCUUUGCCGAAACCUUAUAUUUAUAUAUUUAUAUACAUACAGCUGAUUCACUGCUCAGUUGUCUCACGGACAGAUCCAACCCCGGCUCCGUGUCCCCGCCUGGCACCCCUGCUGUCUGGAAUUAGCCUCCCUGCGCUCCUCUUAUUGUCUGUGCAACAAUGUCUGCUGUGUGCUGCUGGCGGCAGGUGGCCUGUUGCUGUGGGUCUGCAGCCUGCGCCCUCUGCUGUUCCUUCUGCCCCAGAAUAAAGCAGUCUACAGCUACCCGUCUCAUGUACGCCUUCUUCUUCAUUCUAGUGACAGUCACCUGCGCCUUCAUGAUGUCCCCAACUGUGGCAGAUUUCAUGAAAGACAACAUUCCUUUUCAUAAAGAUAUAUGUGAGCACAUCCAGGCCGGCUUGGAAUGUGAGAAGCUAUUGGGAUACUCUGCUGUGUACCGUGUCUGCUUUGGGAUGGCCUGCUUCUUCUUCAUCCUCUUCAUCUUAACGCUGUUUAUUAGGAACAGUAGGAGCUGGCGAGCCUACAUUCAUAAUGGGUUUUGGUUUAUCAAAUUUGUGGUGCUGAUAGCAAUGUGCUCCGGAGCAUUCUUCAUUCCUGACCAAGACACUUUCUUAAACGUUUGGCGUUAUGUGGGCGCAGCCUUUGGGUUUCUAUUCCUGCUCAUCCAGCUCAUGCUAUUGGUGGAGUUUGCACAUAAAUGGAAUAAAAACUGGAUGUCUGGGACAGCCCACAAUAAACUGUGGUACGCAGCAUUAUCUCUGGUCACUCUUAUCCUGUACUCCAUUGCUGUGGGCGCUCUUGUCUUACUGGCGGUUUUCUACACUCAUCCAGACGGCUGCCAGCUCAACAAGAUCUUGCUUGGGGUCAACGGUGGUCUGUGCCUUCUUGUCUCCUUAGUGGCCAUCUUGCCUUGUGUACAGAAACGUCAGCCAUAUUCCGGAUUGCUGCAGUCGGGCCUUAUCAGCUGCUACGUAAUGUACUUGACCUUCUCCUCUUUGUCAAGCAAGCCUCCAGAAACCAUGCUGGAUGCAACAGGAAAGAACGUCACUAUCUGUGUGCCCAGCUUCAGCAAGGAUCUUAACCAAGAUGGAAAGCUUGUCUCCAUACUGGGCACUAUCAUUCUCUUCUGCUGCAUUUUACAUUCCUGUCUAACCUCCACAACCCGCUCCAGUUCUGAUGCGCUGAGAGGAAGGUACACACCACCUGAAACAGAGGUGGCUCGCUGCUGCUUCUGCUGCUCACGCAGUGAUGGAGCUGACCAAGAGGAGCGGACAGAGAAAAGAGGAGGCCAAGAAGUUGGUUACGAUGAAGAAAAGGCCACAGUUUACAGCUAUUCCUACUUUCACUUUGUGUUCUUUCUGGGCACCUUCUACGUGAUGAUGACUGUAACCAACUGGUUCCACUACAGGAACGCAGAAAUAGAAAAGCUGUUUUCUGGCAGCUGGUCUCCAUUUUGGAUCAAGAUGGCUUCCUGCUGGGUGUGCAUCCUGCUCUACAUCUGGACUCUGGUCGCCCCUCUCUGCUGCCCAACCAGAGAAUAUUCCGUGUAGCGACUCCCAGAAGAUCACGCGUGACACUGUUACAUGCUGAUUGGACACGACUGCAUUGUUUCAAAUGUUUGUCUUUUUUUUUUUUAAAGUGGCAUAAAAGGUCAAUAUGGGGGAUUUCUCCAAAAGCCAUAAUAUAUUGUGCAGGUCACAGGUCGCUCUUUAGAACGAGAGCAAAACCGGUUUUGUUUUUAAUGAUUAAACCAAACCCGUGUGUGAGAGGGGGGAAGCCUCCCUGUAGUUCGUGUGUCACAACUGCCUGUGUAAUUGUAACAUGUAAAUAACUCUGUUACUGUCUGAAACACAUCUCUGAUACAUAUGGGAGGGGUGACAUUAAUUAUAAUGGUCUGUUUGUACAGUACAGUUCUCCCACUUUCUCCAUGUUGUGUGUCCAUUAGCUGUUACAGGUAAGUGUUUCUGGGCUGAUGAUGUUACAAUGCCGCUCCAUGUUUGUCUGAAGGGCCGGGGGGUGUAAAUAUUCCUGGGGGUUCUGUAAGGCCUUUAUUUUGAAGAUUUUUGAAGAGAUUCUAGAAGGUUUGCGAUAGGUUCACCCUUAUAAAAAUCAGCAUAAUUUCUGAUAAAUGGGAGACAAUGACAGAGAAAUGACAAUUUUCCAUAUUGUUGUUUCAUAUGGUGCUACUGAUUUAUUGGCAUCCUAGCCUUAAACUUGCCCCUUGUGCUACUUGCUAGUCCAGCUGUUGAUUGGUUCAGAGUAUUCCUGUAUUCCAAGUACACUAUCAGCGUGUGUGUGAGUUGUAGUGGUACAAGAUGGCUGCACAAAGCUCCUAUAAGCAAAAACAGUCUUUGUUUAGCCUUUGAGCUGAGUUGUUUUAUAUGGCCACCCAUGUCCUUACAGGGGUUUUUCACAUUUUCAAUUGGUUUUCAUUUGAAUUAUUUGUAGUUUUGGGGGUUAUUUAGCUUUU